AUAGUUUGUUCACAUGUUUUCACCAACCCAUCUUUUUUUUUUUAUGUCUGCGUAUGUGUGUGUGAAAGCGCGCGUACUUAUUUAGUUUGUUUUUUUUUUAUAUAUUUUAUUUAAUACCAUUCUAACUUAUGACAAAAGACCAAGGAAAACACUUUUUAAACGAUCCUACCACUCUUGUAUCCGAUAGUAUACGAGGACUCUGUUAUUCACAACCUCAUCUUCGUUACUUACCUCAACAGAAUGUUGUUUACGAUUCAAAGGUACGCCAAAUAGCCAAGCAACAGGUGACAUUGGUUGCUGGGGGAGGAUCAGGCCAUGAACCAGCACAUGCAGGAUUUGUGGGAGAAGGAAUGUUGACGGCAGCUGUGUGUGGCCACGUGUUUGCAUCGCCUUCGGCAAGUCAAGUCUUAGAUGCUUUGGAACUGAUCAAGUCGCCUUUUGGAACCUUGGUCAUCAUCUUCAAUUAUACGGGUGAUUGUUUACAUUUUGGAUUGGCUGUGGAACGGGCAAAGGCACGAGGGAUACACAUUGCUAUGUUGGUGGUAGGCGAUGACAUUUCCGUGGGUCGUAGCAAGGGACACAAAGUUGGAAGAAGAGGAAUGGCAGCUACGGCUUUGGUGAUUAAAGUUUGUGGCGCUUUAGCUUCGAAAGGAGCGUCAUUGGAACAAAUAGUUGAAACAGGACAAUACGUGAUUGAUCAUAGUGCCACUUUGGGUGUUGCUUUAAAUCAUUGUCAUGUACCUGGAACUGCAAGUAACGUGGCUUUUUUAGAAUCAUUUGAAAUGGAACUAGGAACGGGGAUUCAUAAUGAACCUGGACUAACAAAGAUGUCUUUGAUGGAAGCUCAGCCUUUGGUGGAACGUAUGGUGAACAUGUUAUUAGAUCAAGAAGAUCAAGAUCGUGCAUAUUUGACAUACAACAACAAAGAAAUGACGCCUGUGGUGCUUUUGACCAACAAUUAUGGUGGCACUCCAAGUCUAGAAUUCAAUGUGAUCAUCAAAGAAGCCGUAGAAGCUAUCUCUAGAAGAUCUUCCUUGUGUUUGAAACGUAUCCUUUCAGGGUCUUUUGUCACCAGUCUCAACAUGCCUGGUUUCUCACUUAGUCUUCUAAUUCUUGAUGAUGAUCAUCUGUUGGAACUUUUGGAUCAACCUGUACAAGCAAUUGGUUGGUCAUCCUCUUCUAUUUCUUGUUUCAGUCCUUCUCUUCAUGAUGAUCCUGCUACUUCUCUAUCUUUAUUAGAUACUGGUUCGCAUGAUACCAGAAUUAUUGAUAAAAGUAGUGAUGGAACUUUUAUUAUUAAAGUGAUUCAAAUGGUGAUCCAAGCCCUUUUAAAAGCUGAACCCACGGUGACGUCUUAUGACACUAUUUUAGGAGAUGGAGAUUGUGGCUAUACUUUGAAAUCAAUUGCUGAAGCCUUUGAAAAAGAGUUGGUAAAUUUUCCGGUUUCAUCUAUCCCCGACACGCUACUGGCUCUAGCAGAUACGAUUGACCAAGCAGCAGGUGGUACUUCCUCAGCCAUUUAUUGUAUUUUUCUAAGUGCUUUGGCCAAUGACUUGAACAAGCAAAUGACACAAGACCAAGCACCUUCAUUGAUUAUGUGGGCAAAAGCAUGUCAACAGGCUUUGGAUUCUUUACAAGUAUAUACCCAAGCUAGAGUAGGUGAUCGAACAAUGAUGGAUACUUUGAUUCCUUUUGUCAAGACAUUGAAUGAGCCUGAUACUUCACUUACCAAAGCGAUCGAAGCUGCUCGUCAAGGCAUGUGGGCAACACAAACACAAACUACACAAUUAGGACGCACCGCGUAUUUAUCGGAUCAACAUGUAUUGGAUGCUGGGAUCCCAGAUGCUGGGGCAUUUGGUUUGAUGGCAGUCCUGGAUGCAAUUGCCCUGGCCUUAACCUGACAUUAUGGAUGAUUCUUUUUUUUUUUUUUGGAGGAAGAGAUAAGUGGUAGUAAUAGUAUUUAUUGUUUUGUGUUUUAUUCAAUAAAUUAUCAUAUAUGUUUUAAUCAAGGCGACU